AAACAUUUGAUAAAUAUUGUGCAAACAUUUGUGUUUUUUUGAAUAAAAAGAUAAAAAUUAUUUUCGUAAAAAACUCCACAUCUCUGCAUCUUCUCUCCCGCUCUUCAUCGGUAGUAGCAUUUUUUCUCUCCGUCCCUCUCCCCUCCUCUCUCUGUGUACAUUAGAUGGAGGUCACUUCGUUCUCAACAACCUCAAGGCGAUACUGCAAUUCUUUCUCAGCAGAGACAUUGCUGCAUAGGAAGACAGGGAAACUUAGGUGGCAUAAAUGUUCUGUGCUGGCAUUCCCAUGUAAAAGAACUGCACAAGCCUUCUUGGGUCGAGCUGAAUCUUAUGUUCCGAAGGAAAAUUCUUUGCAGGUUCUAUGCAGUCAAAGGAAAGAAGUUCCCAGGUUAGAGGGCAGAUGUAUGGAUGAAAUAUACGAUGCCCUGGCUGAACGUCUUAUUCCUACUGGUGCAGUAUCAUCAAAUCCUGAUUCAAAGCAUAUUGUGGGUUUGGUUGGUCCUCCUGGCGCUGGGAAAAGUACUCUAGCUUCUGAAGUAGCCCAGCGUGUAAACAAGUUAUGGCCCCAAAAGGCUUCUUCAUUUGAUUCUCAUCUGGUUGAGCCUCCAGAUGUUGCUACAGUUCUUCCAAUGGAUGGGUUUCAUCUGUAUCGUCAUCAGCUGGAUGCAAUGGAGGACCCAGAGGAAGCCCAUGCAAGAAGGGGAGCUCCAUGGACAUUCGAUCCUGCGCUACUGUUAUCAUGUCUCAACACUUUGAGGAAUCAGGGUUCAGUUUAUGCACCAUCAUUUGACCAUGGUGUUGGAGAUCCAGUGAAAGAUGAUAUAUUUGUGCGGGUUGAACACAAAGUGGUGAUAGUAGAAGGAAAUUAUUUGCUGUUGGAAGAAGAAAUUUGGAAGGAGAUAUCAUGUAUAUUUGAUGAAAAGUGGUUCAUCGAAGUUGACAUUGACAAAGCAAUGCAGCGAGUUUUGAAUAGACAUAUUUCAACGGGAAAACCCCCAGAUAUUGCAAAAUGGCGGGUAAGCUCGACUGUUUUGUACUUCAUAUCAUGUAUUGAAUGGUGUGAAUUCAUCAAGUGUUCAUUGAUCCUCCCAAUUUGGGAAGUCAUGAACUUUUUAAGACUUCAUACUCUGGGAUCCAUUGUGCAGAUAAAGUACAAUGACCGACCCAAUGCAGAGCUCAUAAACAAGUCAAAGAAAAAUGCAGAUCUAGUAAUCAGAUCAAUUGACCUCUGAUGGUAAGCUGUUCUGGAUGGAAACUUCUAUUUAUGCUUUCUGUUCUUUUCCUUAUCACGAAGAUGCAUUCCUGCUAACUGUGAUUAGCAUAGAAAUGUGAACUCAAGAUCAGUUGAGUUGUGGUUCACCCAUCAGUUCGAUGCAAACCUGCUGAAAAUUAUAUUCAUAUUGGCCAUAAAAGUUUAUCCACCACAGCAUUUGUGUGCAUAUGGGUUAACUUAUCCAGGGUUCAUUUUGGCAAAACGAGUAACCCAGAUAUUCUUUUAUGGAAAGGAAUGAGUUGGGUAUGGCUGUUUCUGUCAAAGCUGAGUUCAUGUUUAUCAGUAGAAACCAAAAUGGGUUCUCUGCAGGGAGAAUGUGGCCUAUUUCCUCUUUUGGGUUUUCUCUGUAAAAGAAUCCUUUUCCACCUAGCCCAUGGGCUGUAGUUUGAGUGUCAUAAAAUAUUUUUCAUGUUUGUGAGUAGAAAACAUAAUGGCUCAAGUUUUGAGACCAUAUUGCUCCAAUUAAUUCAAUUGACUGGAGUAUUAUGUGUUGAUUUUUUUUUAUAAAUCAUUGAAACUUUUAGGAUAAAA